AUGGAAGUUAAGGGUGGUGCUCUUACAUGGGAUAAUCAUAGAAGUGGAGAAGCUAAGAUUAAGUCGAUUCUAGAUAAAGGCAUAGUUAACAAUGAUGGACUCUUCUCCAUCUCAAGUUGGAAAGUAAAGAAGCCUUUCAGAUUUGAGGCUAUGUGGACAAGGGAUAUUGGGAGUCAUUUAGUGAUUGAUUCAGCCUGGAAAUCUUAUAUGCAUUGGCAUCUGACCAUCGCUCUGUUUCGAAAAGUUGGGGUGACGAGGUUGGCUUUGAUUAGGUGGAAUAGAGAUCAAUUUGGCAAUCUGAAGCAUGAGAUUCAGGAUUUGGAGUCUAAGCUUCACUCCAUACAAACUGACCACAAUGGUAAUUCUAGCUGGUGUGAGGAGGCCAAGCUGAGAGGAAAAAUGAAUGAGCUAUAUAAAAGAUUGGAAAUUCAUUGGCAACAAAAACCCAGAAUAGAUUGGCUCAAGAAUGGCAAUAAAUGCACCAAGUUCUUUUUCCUCUUGGCUACCAUUAGGCAUCGCCAAAACUUUAUUGCAUCUAUUAAGAGCCAGAAUGAUGAGUGGCUUUAUACUCGGGACCACAUUGGCCAAGCUUUCCUAAAGUAUUUUAAAGAGAUAUAUAGUUCGAGCAACUCUUAUCCUCAACUAGACAUUUCAAAGUUUUUUCUUGAUGUUUUCUCUGAAGUGGAAAGAGCCUCUCUAUCUUGUAUCCCAACUCAUGAUGAAAAUAGACAAACAUUGUUCAAGAUGGGUAGCUUCAAGGCUCCGGGGCCAGAUGGGAUAUCAGUUAUGUUUUUAAAAAACUAUUGGGAAAUUAUGGACAACUCCUUUAUACAAGGUCAUCUCCAAGAUCAUUGCCAAUAG